CGUUAGUUCGCCUAACGUUUUCAAAAAUAGAAGCCGUGCCGGUUCAUCGUCAUUUUUAACUUUUACAGCAUAUUCAUAACUUCCACUUAAUUUUGCCGAAUAACCUCUUCAUUUCGUGUGUUUUGCUGCACUUUCCUGCAACGGCAAUGGCUUACAGUUGGGACAACAGAGUCAAUUUCGUGGUUCGCUAUUUGUACGAUUUGGAUGGUAACGGAUAUCUCGACGAAAAGGAUUUUGCUUGCUUGGCCUUGAGAGCUACAAUCGUCGAAGGUAAAGGAGAAUUUAGCUACAGUAAACUGCAAGAAAACCAGCAUAUAAUGUUUGGUCUUUGGGAAGAAAUAGCAGAACUCGCAGAUUUUAAUAAGGACCUUUUACAGGAUGGUAGAAUCACAGCUGACGAAUUCAAGCAAGCAGUCCAACAGUGCUGUAUGGGGAAACGAUACGAAGAUUUUCCGCAGGCCAUGAAGAUGUUUAUAGAUUCUAAUUUUAAGAUGGUUGAUCUCAAUGAUGACGGAGUGAUAGGAGCAGAUGAGUAUAGAUUCAACUGUAUUACGAAAUUUGCAAUCGAUGACGUAGAGAUUGUAGAUGAGGCAUUUAAUAAUAUGCUUAAUGAUGACGAUAGAAGGCGGGGUGGUAUAACAUUAUCACGAUACCAAGAAUUGUAUGCAGAAUUCUUAGGAAAUCCAGAAGAAACACCUGCAGUAUAUCUAUUUGGUCCCUUGUCAGAAUUCUUUUAUUAUGAAAUGUUAGAAGAGAUUUAACACUUAUUUUGUACUGUAAAAAAUUAUAAGUUUUACAGUUAAUACCACAAAAAGUUAACCUAUUUGAUUUCGUAGUGCCGUGAUAUUUCUACAGAAUGUCUUUUAUUUCAAAAUUUGUUUUAAAUAGUGUAAUAAUUUUAGUGGAUUAAUUUUUUUACUCAAUAAGUACAUAUUUUCUAAUAUUGGUGUUUUAUUGAAAUAUUUCAUAAAACUGUCAAAAAUGGAUCUAGCCUGGAUAACAACAACAUUACGAUAUCCUAGAUUUAGCAUUAAUUUCAAAAUCAAAAUAGACCUACCUAUAAAUAGGUUCUGAAACUCUUUUCUUGUGACGAUGUUAAGUUAAGUAUUGUAUUUAUACGAAGUUAAACCACAAUUAAUUGCAAUGAGAAUUACAGUUUUUAAUUUGUUUUGACUUUUCGAUUUCCAAUCUAGAAAUCCUUUUCAAAAAAAUGUUGUAAAUAAAUAAAUUAUGUGAACCCACAUGUUAACCUGUAGAAGUUUAUCAAUUGACGCUUUGUGACAGCGUUGAGGACACUUAAGCUGCGGGGACAAAUGAGAGGAAUCCAAUUUAACCUAUGUAAUAUUUUUUCACCUAUUUUUCACUAAUUUAUUACCACCCUAAUAAUUUUUCACCACCAAACCAACCUUAAGGGAAGCGGUUCUGCUGGCUUAAGGUUCAAGCUAGCAGAAUUCGGAAAACAACUUUUUGCUUAUGGCAUAUUUUUUCACCCAUUUUGCACUAAUUUAUUACCACCCUAAU